AUGGAACAUAAUUCAGAUGAUAAAAUGUAUGUUCUUGAUCAUAAAUAAAAUGACAAAUAUCCUCUCACCAACUAAAUUUCUUAAGAUUUCUAAGAUGAUUCUCAUACCUAUCGUAUAAUUCGAUUAGGUAAAGAAUCUGUAAAAAUCAUGCAGGAUUUGAAUUGGGAAAGUAACAUAUUUUUAAUAAUAUUAUUUUAGAAAGAUUACUCAAAGAAAGAGAAUGGAGAAAACUCAAAGUAUGUUAAAGUCGUGGAUGGUUACAUUAUGCUAUUCUUGAAAAAGAACCAUACGUUUUGUUAUUCAAAAGAAAAAUCACCAAAAAUAAAAGAUAAUGA